UCAGCUGGAGGCAGCAAUAAACAAGAGGAAAAUCUGCAGCGGAAAAAAUAGAAGAGAUAAAAAAAAAGCUGCAGAUAUUAUGAUCUGAAAACAUCAGUGUAAUAUUUUUACACGAAGCCCUUCUUCUAAGAAGAAAGCCUUUUAUUUUUGUAUAAUGGUGUUUUAACUACCUCACUUAAAGAAAAUCUAAAGCUAUGCUUUAAGAAUUGUCGUUUCUACUGUGUGUGAGAUCUCGUUUACAACUUGAAUAAUAUUGCAAAGGCAGGCCUUUGCUCCAAACCAAGUGAAACCUUACAUUUGCACUAAAGAAGCCUGUCUAGUCCUGUUUGUCAAAACCGAGAUCCAGCAAAGGGCUUCAAUUGAAAAAAGAGACUCAAAAAUUCUGACAAAGAAUUGCAUAAAACAGCAACAAGUGAUACGUAAACACAAAUAAGAAAUUCAAAAAGGCAGCUACAGCUUUUUCUUUGUGGACAACAAAAAGCACCCGAGUCAUCGAUACUUGACAAUACAGGUAGCCAUGUUCCAGCGUCUGAGCAACCUGUUGUUUGGGGAGGUAGAAGAGGUGGCAGCUGAGCUGAAAGGACCCAACCCCUGUGUGACGGAGGCUGACGAGGAGGGAUGGAUGCUCGUCAACCUGCCUGAAGAAUCUGACUGCAUGAUGCAAGCAAAGGAUGAGACGGGAGUCCCACUGAUUGCACAAUCAUUUCCAGAUAGUAACCAAUCAAAUCAUCAAGACACACAUACGAGGACUGAAUGCCCGGCCCCCAUUCCCCAUGUGCCUCACAAGCGCCGUAGGACACAUAAAGGUCGGGCACGAGGUGCCGUAGCAUCAUCAGACCCUCUGUCUUGUCCGAGCGCUAGCCCGUCAGACUUGGGUGCCACUACACCUGUGACCCUGCCGAGACGGGCCAGGCUGUCCACGCCCUCCUCCACCCCGUCAAUGUCUCCUGGCUCUGGAACUGAGUGUGGGGGCAGUGGGGGUAGCAGUAGGGCAGGCCCAGAGAGAGGCAGCAUGGAUGAGAGCUGGUUUGUCACCCCUCCCCCCUGUUUCACUGCAGAGGGAGCCACAGCGGAGGCCAGCCCGAUGGAGGACCUGCUCAUCGAGCACCCCAGCAUGUCUGUGUACGUCUCCUCGAACAACUUGUCCAUGGUCUCCAACAGCAACUUGUCUGUGCUGGGAGAGGAAAGCAUUGUCAGCCUGGCGAGCAGCGUGAGCAGAGUGGCCGAGCCAGCUGCUGCCCCCGCCACCCGCAGCAGUAUGCCCACCAGGGUGAGCCGUGGAGCAGCUGCCCAGGCCGGAGCUCUGGCCAAGGUCACCCAAGUGGCCAGGGUCCAGCGUAGCAAAGCCCGCAUCGAGCGGCGCCAUCUGGGCCGCAAUCGCAUCCAACGCCAAAACCUCACCAGGGAGCAGGUCCCCCGCCACGCAGCUCACGCCAGAAACACCUUCCUUCACCAGCCCAGCAAGCGCAACUUCUGCCACUAAACUCCCCAGCAGCCAGGGGGCAUCGUUUACUCUGAGGGCAUUAGUAGUGCUUUGUCAACUCCAAGACACAAAAGAUUAAAUGUAUUCACCCACUGCAUAUUUGAUUUCAUUUCUGCAUAAUAUAUCAUAUUACACUCAGAUACCAGUAGACCAGUAGCUUUUUUGUUUUGGAUAAGUCACAAACUGACUCCACCUGGUAGUUCCAUGCCCCAUUCUGCUGUUAUGAACCAAGCCCUCUGAGUAGAUCUGUGUAGAUUUUUAUUAUACAUAUUGUCCAUUGCAGUAUCCAAACAACAAAAAAAAGUCUUCAAAAUAUUUAUUCAGUUUGUACUUAGUAACAAUAAUGUCUGAAAACUACUAAAAGUUUAGCUCUAUUGAUUUUUUCUCCUAUCUUAGUAAACUAUUCUCUUUUCUUUUACUCUUUAUCAAGCCGUUUUUUAAAACAUAUUCAGUAAUUAAAUCCCUCCCUCAAAUAUGUUGUUAAAUUUGGGGAUAAUGAUUGGAAUUUAAACAGCCAUGUGUACUUUAAGACCUUUCUGGUGGAAACAAUGCAAGACAGAGACGAGUUAAGCCUCAGUAUCUUAGAUCUCCAGAUCUUAGCAGAGAAAACAACUCAUUGUGUCUUCGAAACUUUAUUGUGCAGGUGAUUUUAUUUCUGUUUUUCAGAGUGGGUGGAAGGAUAUACCGUGUGUGACGAGUGAGAGAGGAAAAUCAUCAUAGGAAACAAAUGUUGUGAUAUUUCUCUCUUCUCACUUCGUGAAGGAUGGGAGCACGUAGAGGAUGGAGAGAGCAUGAGCAAAACAGAGUAAAGAGUAAAAAGAAAUCAUCGAGUCACGAUGAAUUAGGACUAGAUAGUACUAAAAGGAAUGUGGUUAAGAUGAAAUGGUCAUAGGGAAGUGUUAUGUAACCCUCUGAGCAGCCCUUGUUUUGCAUAUUUAAUCUGUGUUCCACUGAAUGAGAAAUGAGGCACCUUCUUUUUGUGAACAUGAAGAUUUGUGUUUAUGGGCACCCAUAACAGAUGUAUAAAUAGAAAUGCAAAGGAGUAUAAAUGGAGUUGAGGUGAAAGGAUAAAGGGCUUGUCUUUGGGUUGCAGGGUAUGGCAGGUUAUAGUAAGUGCAGAGCGGUAUUGAUGGCAACUCUUUAUUUUGUUUUGUUGUUUUCUGCUCAUUUUGUCCCGUAAAUUGUAGCAUUAUUUUCCAGUCUCUCCGUCUGUGUGCUUCCACCAAAGAAAGGAAAGAAAGCCUGUUGCUGUCGGGCAAAGACAAAGUACACAUUUGGCUUUAAAAGACAACAAAUAAAAAGAAAUUGCUCCCUGUGGAUCAUACACAGCAUAUUGAUCAUUAAAUGUGUGGUCUGUAAACUAAAGCAACGUGCCCGGCACACACAAGCCAUUUUCAUCCACUGUGUGUGCUGUGAUCUUAUGUUAUCCAUGUGAACACCAAAAAGAAAGUGCAAGCUAUUGGUGCAUCAGUUCCUUUCAUUGUCACUGACUGCCCAGGAGGCAACUGUUGGGAGAAAGGGGGAGAAACGUCUCCUUAAAGCCUAACAACACCCACCUCUCCCUCACAACACAUUCAGAACUAUCAUCUUGCUUAUGGAUGUGCAACCCAUUGCUCUCUUACAUCUGCUCCAUUGCCAUCUGUCCCUUUCUCAUUAGCACAUCCAGCACUAACAGAGUCCACUUAAAGAUCUAGCCUACUGAUAUGUAUUCAACAACAAUAGUAAACAAUGGUGCUGAAGUGUAUACUAAUGUUUGUAAAUUAUUUGAGACAUGGAUGUAAGUUUGCACUGUCAUACAUUUUUGUGAGUCGACGUUUUAGCGGUGUGCCGUGCGCUUGUUUUUUCUUUUGUGAUAUUUUGUUUUGCUUUUCUUUUUUGUUUUUGAUUCAAAUUGUGUGUGAGAAGGUGUACUGACACGUCAAAUGCUAGAAACUCUUUAAAAAGACAUGAAUAAUGGUCAUUUAUUUGUCUUGUAAAUAUUGCAAAAACAAUUUAUAACGCUCUGGUAGAUGUCAAAGCCUCUCAGGACUUGUGUCCACAGCGUUGUGUCCAAUGGGACUAAUGAGAAUCCUCUCUCUGCCUCACCUCUGUGCUCGUUAUCAAAUCAAGAGGGCAUUUCAGUGGCCAAAAGUGUUUUUGCCCCAGCUUCAGUCUCAUCUCUUUGAGAUGCGACCAGCACUCGACUCAGAGUUGACGUGCCAUAGGCAAACACUGCCCUCCAGAGGGUCCACUUAGCACAGCUCUAGCUGUAUGGAUGCUGGUGAGGAUACAGUACAAUGGUUUUAAUACGAUCUGUACUGGUGUGUUCAAAAGGACAGCUUGAGAGUCACUGGCUCCAUUUCUGAUUGUUUGGAAAGCUGAAAUGUCUUGUCUCAUUUAGAUCUUUUAGAUAAGAAAGACAAAGGAUUUUCCCUUGAAUCACAUACCGCACAUUUUUUGUUUCUGCCAAUAAUCCUAUAAAUGACUGUUUAAUUCAAAAUCUGUUAAUAUCUGUUAAUUGAUGAUAUAAUUAUGAAUAUGAUUUUUUCUGUUUAAAGAUGACUAUUAUGUAUCCUGAUUGAUUCCUCUGAGUGGAGCAGUAGAUGGAUCUGAGGUGAUGAGUGUAACAUGCACACACACACGCUAACACAAAGCCAUCUCUAAGUAGGCUUCCUCAUUCGCCAGGGCUUAGCAUUCUAACUGAUCGUGUCUCCGAGGUUGAAUUUGGUUUGCCUAUUGUAAAAUCGUAUAUACAGAGUGAAAACAGGGUAAUAAUGAGACAACGGGUGGAAGUGUGUGUGCAUGCAAAAUGUAAAGAUCAUCACAGAUCCCCAUCUGCCGCAACAAACCUGUCCAGUUUUCCUUAUUUUCAUUUCUUCCUUUCUCACCUGUGUCAUGUAAAAAGGAAACAUGC